AGGGUGUUGCAACUGACGUUGACAGAUCAGUCACGUGACGGAUGACGUUUGACAAUUAUCUGAAUCAUAACUUCCUUGUUAUUGUCAAAACGUUUGGACCAAGGAUUCGAGGAAUGUGUCAACACAGGUCGGAAAUUCGUCAGUGUCAUCAGUAGUCAUAACCACAGAAUUGUAUUGAACGACUGGAUGUCGUAGUGAGUUUGCACUAUCAUUGUUUAUAAUGCUUGUCGUUCUCAGCAAAGGGAGAAGGCAGGGCGACCUAGCCUGAAGCUCCCCCUUGCCUCUCUCCCCUCAUUCUUCCAUCCAUUCUCUAGCCCUUGUUCUGUCUUUCUCUCCGUCUUACUUUUGGAGCCAUGAUGCUAUGUUGGGGUAGUGCGUCUUCUGGACAGCUUGGUGGUGGGGAGCCGGAGAGUUCGGUCCUAGAGCCACGGACCUGUCGGGUGUUUAGCGGGAGGGCCCUGAGGGAGGUGGCCUGUGGGGGGUAUCACUCGCUUUUCCUGUUGCAUGAUGGGAGUGUGUACACAUGUGGCUCCAACUGCAGUGGACAGCUGGGCCACGAGAAGGCCGGAAGCACGCCAGAGCUGGUGGGGGCUCUGGAUGCUCAGAAGAUUGCUGGCGUGUCGUGCGGCUCUGCCCACUCGCUGGCAGUGAAUGAGCAGGGCCAAGUAUUUGCCUGGGGGGCCGGCGGUGAGGGCCAGCUGGGGCUGGGCAUGGCAGAGCAGGUCGUCAGAGUGCCUAGGUUGAUCAAGAAGCUGUGCGAGCAUCGGAUCACACAGGUGAUGUGUGGCAACCGGCACUGCAUUGCACUUUCCAAAGACGGGCAGAUAUUCACGUGGGGCCAGAACUCCAACGGUCAGCUGGGUCUGGGGAAGGGGGAGUCCAGCACCCUGUCCCCCCAACCCCUCAAGUCUCUGGUGGGGAUCCCCCUGUCUCAGAUCAGUGCUGGAGGAGACCACAGCUUUGCCCUGUCCCUCUCAGGGGCCGUGUUUGGCUGGGGCAAAAACAGCACUGGCCAGCUGGGCCUGAAUGAUGAGCAAGAUCGUGCCGUCCCUUGCCACAUAAAGUUCCUCAGAUCCCAGAAAGUAGUGUACAUCAGCUGUGGAGAAGAGCAUACAGCUGCAUUGACAAAGGACGGAGGUUUGUUCACAUUUGGAAGUGGUUCCAGGGGCCAGCUGGGCCACGACUCCAUCAACAACGAGCCCCUCCCCCGCAGAGUCCUUGAGCUCAUGGGCACAGAGGUGUCCCAGAUUGCCUGUGGCAGGCACCACACCCUGGCAUUUGUGCCCUCGUCCAGCCUGGUGUACGCCUUUGGCUGCAACGCUGAUGGCCAGCUGGGCAUCGGUGCCACGACUGACAUCAUGAGCCCGUUUCCUCUCCGCAGCGUCCCUCCCUCCUGCAUAGCCAGGAUACAGUCCUCAGAUCCGGAGCAGUUCGUCAUUAGGAAAAUCUACUGCGGGGGAGACCAUAACUUCCUGUUGUAUGGCAACGAUGAAGACUCUGCAGUCCCGGAAGACUUCCGCAUGAUCAACACUUCCAGGAGCAUCUCGCUAAUUAAUUAUGAGAGCCUGAACAUGCUGAGACUGAAGCUGUCUGACAGCGCAGACUCCAGCAUAACCAACGAUGCCAUUCUACUGCUCUCAUCCACUGCAUGUUGGAACGCCAGCUUUCUGGACCAAAGCGAUGAUGGCCACUUCAAAACCAACCCCAAAAUCCCAGGCAUCGACCUCAACUCUGUGCGGCUACUGUUUGACAUGCUCAUGAAGCCAGACUUCUCUAGACUGUUGGAGCAGGCCACCAAGAGCUUUGAGAGCCUGCUGAUCCCUCAGCUGCCCGUCUCUCCUCCAGAUGUGGAGGCCAUGCGCAUCUACCUGAUCCUGUACGAGUGCCCCGCUCUGCAGGACUCAAAAAACUACAUCUCCCUCACCAUCCCUCUCGCCAUGGCCAUCCUCAGGCUCGACGCCAACCCCAGUAAAGUGCUAGAUAACUGGUGGUCGCUGGUGGACGGUGAGGUCUUCUCCAGGCUGGUGGAAAUGUACAAGAGCAUAGUGGUGUUCCUGCUGACAGGAGGGAAAGCCCUUCUCAUCCCUGCAUUUCUGGAGAGUUACAUUAGCGCUACGCUAAGACUCCUGGAAAAACUCCACAAGGUGAACCUGAAAGCUCAGCAUGUGGAGUAUAAUUGUUUCUACAUCCCUGACAUCACCAGCCUGGUGGACAUCCAGGAGGACUACCUCAAGUGGUUUUUGAGCAAAGCUGAGAUUAAAAUGAGGACCCCUGCAGUACAGAACUCUGUGACCCUCUGUGCCUACCCGUUCAUAUUGAACGCUAAAGCCAAGACAACCAUGCUGCAAACGGACGCAGAGCUGCAAAUGCAGAUGGCGGUGAGCGGUGCCAACCUGCACAACGUCUUCAUGCUGCUGACGCUGGAGCCCCUGCUGGCACGCAACCCCUUCCUGGUGCUGCACGUCCGCCGCGACCACCUGGUCAGCGACGCGCUGCGAGAGCUCACCGUCUACUCUGACGUCGACCUCAAGAAGCCCCUAAAGGUGAUCUUUGAUGGGGAGGAGGCUGUGGAUGCGGGAGGAGUCACCAAGGAGUUCUUCCUGCUGCUGUUGAAGGAGCUGAUGGACCCGGUCUAUGGCAUGUUCACGCACUACCCCGAGUCCAACCUGCUCUGGUUCUCUGACAAGUGUUUUGUUGAGCACAACUGGUUCCAUUUGAUCGGGAUUAUCUGCGGCCUGGCCAUCUACAACUCCACGGUGGUGGACCUGCACUUCCCAAUGGUGCUCUACAAGAAGCUUCUAGACGUUUUCCCCACCCUUCAGGACCUGAAGGAACUGUCUCCUACUGAGGGCAGGAGUCUCCAGCAGCUUGUGGACUAUGAGGGAGAUGACAUUCAGGAGACCUUCUGUCUGAACUUUGCGAUCACCAGGGAGUAUUAUGGGCUGACAGAGGUCAAAGAGCUGGUUCCAGGAGGAGAGGGCAUCAUGGUGGACAAGUCCAACAGAAUGGAGUUUGUGUCUGCGUACCUGCGCUACGUGUUUGUGGACUCGGUGCAGGAGCUCUACGCAGCCUUCUCCAGUGGCUUCCUGAAGGUGUGUGGGGGGAAGAUCCUCUCCCUCUUUCAGCCCUGCGAGCUCAUGGCCAUGGUAGUGGGCAACUGCAAUUACAACUGGGAGGAGAUGGAGAAGAAUGCUGUUUAUAAGGGCGAGUACUCGCCGUCCCACCCAACCGUGCGCAUGUUCUGGGAGGUGUUCCACGAGUUUCCACUGGAGAAGAAAAAGAAGUUCUUAUUGUUCCUGACUGGCAGCGACCGUAUCCCCAUCCACGGCAUGGCCAGCCUGCACAUCGCCAUCCAGUCCACCUCGGCCGACGAGCACUACCUGCCGGUGGCACACACCUGCUACAACCUGCUGGACAUGCCCUGCUACCGCACCAAAGAAACGCUGUGCCGUCGCCUCACCCAGGCCGUGGAGCAGUACGAGGGCUUCAGCCUGGUGUGACGGCCCGGCCUCCGGGACUCCGUGGACGGGGCCUGAAGCUGGGAUCUCGGUAGUGCUGAGAAAGGCGGAGGAGCUUCUCCGCCACGUCACUAAUGCUGCACUUUAACCAACACCACCAAAAGACAAGAGGGGUGGUGGGUGGGACUGACGUGGGGGAGCCUGUGGACGAUAUAGAGAGAGUUAUAGAGGUGUGGGAACCUGUGGACCAUAUGGAGAGAGUUCUAGAUAGCAACCUUGGCUAAGCACCUACAGAGAAUACUGAGGAAAGUGAUUCUUUUUGGUAUUUUUUUUUUUUAUGAGCUUUAAUUUACAUAUGAUUGAGAUGCACAUACUUAUUAAUACAACAGUUCUUAUAGAGGAUCCCAAAUUCCUUUUAUUUGUUUCUCCCUGUGGGUGGUUGCCAUCUUAGACACAGAAAUAGUUAAACAGAAAUGUUUAACAACCCCUUCCAAUCCUUGACCCUUUACAUACACAUUGUAAAUAAAAUGGAGGGUUUGGAA